AUGUACUCCGAAAUGCUCCCUAUGGAGGAAAUGGGCACAAAUGCCUGGCUCUUGCCUCCUUACCCCUCGCAUGUGCAAAACGGAAUUCAAUGUCCCGACUACGUGCGGUUCUCGCUCAUCGGCAUAACGCUGGGCCACAGGAUCAAUCGAACGACCGACAGGUACCAGCGGGAAUCCCUGGCCAAAAGCUAUUGGGAAUACCGCGGCCGUGUCAUUCAAUCACUUACUGAGUCCAUCCAGGCCCAGCAGAGCCAGCCCAACAACUUCAUUUUAGCUGGUAUCAUGACUCUCCUGCUCGCAGAUGCCCAACAUGGCACAUCUCUCGACCCCCGAUGCCAUCUCGAGGCCAUCUUUUGCAUUAUCCGCCUGCGGGACGGUAUCGCCGAAGUCGCACGGGCGGAACAUCUUGAUUCCUUGCUCAUUUGCUUCAUGUCCACCGCGGUUUUCGCGAACACAUCAGCUCCUGCGCACGACCUCUUGAUAACCGAGACGCAACAUGCCCAUCGAGCUUAUUUUCUGCGAUAG